GCUGAUACCGACAUUUAGUCAACGUAAACAUAUCGCGUGGAAAGACUGCCAUUCGAAAACGGAAGAUUUUCACAAAUUUGAAAAGAGAAUGGUCACCCAAGAAUUUCAGGCUGUUGUCCUAGCAGCAGGACGUGGUACUCGGUUACCUGAAGUGUUGGGGAAGACACCAAAAUGUUUACUGCCCAUUGGACCAUAUCCACUGCUUUGGUAUCCAUUGAACCUGCUGCAACAACACAAUUUCCUUGAGGCUAUUGUAAUUGUUUUGGAGAGUGAAAGGUCAGAAAUUCAAUUGGCCUUGGAGAAGACUUCACUGAAAAUGAAGCUCGAUUUUGUUAGCAUACCCACUGAUAGUGAUUUUGGCACAGCGGACAGUUUACGCUAUGUUCAUGAUAAGAUUCAAUCAGAUUUUCUAGUUCUCAGCUGUGACAUUGUGUCCAACGUCAGUUUGUUCCCUCUGAUCAACAAGUUCCGUCAACACGAUGCCACUUUGACAGCUCUACUCUUCAAGAGUGGCUUUGAAUCGGAUGUUACUCUGCCGGGACCAAGGACAAAGCAUAAACCCGAAAGGGAUCUAAUUGGAAUACAUCCGGAAACAAGACGUUUAUUAUUUUUGGCUUCGGCAAGUGAUUUUGAAGAAGUUAUGAGUGUUAAUGCACACCUUUUGCGUAAAAAUGGCAAGAUGACCAUAUAUUCAAGGCAAACGGAUUCUCACAUAUAUGUCAUAAAGAAGGGUGUGCUGGAGUUCUUGAAGAAGAACGAAAAUUUCUCUACACUUAAAGGUGAAUUUUUACCCUACUUGAUCAAGAAGCAAAUGGCAAAGUCUAGUGGGCACUCGACAACCAAUCCUGUAUCGGAUACACAAUCGGAACUUGGCCUGGGUACAAAACAAAACGAAAGUAUUUUUGAUUUCAUUACACAAUCAAAUUUAGAACAACAAAUUUUUAAGACAACAUUGUACAACGAUAAUAGAACUAAGCCUCUAUAUAAUGGCGAUCUAUUGAGGUGUUAUGCCUUGGAAGCUCCCAAAGAAACUAUUGGGGUAAGAGUAAAUACAACCUUAAGUUUCUUUGCUGUCAAUCAGAAGCUCUCCACCAUAUGGCCUGUGCUCUGUGGUGGCCAGGAAUUACCUCUGAUCUCACCAAAUGCUGUGGUGAACUCAACACAAACAAAGGAAAUCGCCGCGUCUGACAAUGCCAAAUUAUCGGAGAAGACUUCCUUAAAUUUCAGUGUUUUCGGUCCAAAUUGUUUUAUUAAUCCCAAAAAUAUUGUUAAUAAAUCAUUGAUUAUGGCCCAUGCCAUUAUUGAGGAGGGUUGUAACAUUGACAAUUGCAUUAUUGGACCAAAGGCUGUGGUAAAAAAAGGUACCAAACUGAAAAAUUGUUUGGUAGGUGCAAAUUUUGUCGUCGAGGAAGGUUCUCAAUUGGAAGCGAAACAUUUGACGCAUGCUGAUGGUUAUAUGGAAAUUGAUAUACAAUAAAUGAGAUCUGUUUAACAAUGUAUUAAACAAAAACAGUCGUACUGCAACGAA